AUGAGGUCUUGGUAUGAGAAGGUCGCAAAGGGAAGACAGCGAGAAGAUCAAAGAAGAGGCUCAAUCGCUGCACAGCUGUCCAAGUCCCUGGAACAAGAUGUGCCUAUACCAUAUGACUUUGAGUCUGAGCCCUUUGGCUUAUUCAUCCUGCAUCCAUCGCCUGAGAUCUACCAGGUACAUGGCGAUAUUGAUGUUGACAUCGUCGCCGUUCAUGGAUUGAACGGUAGUGCGAAAAAGACCUGGACUGACUCAGCUACUGGGUAUUGCUGGCUGGAAGACCUACUGCCUGAGUCGAUUCCGAGAUGCAGGGUGAUGACCUUCGGAUAUGACUCCAAGCUGGCUUUCAGUAAAUCUCAAUCAGGCGUCGAAGCCUUUGCUCAAGAUCUCUUGAACCGCCUGAGAGUGGCCCGAAAUCGACCGCUAGUAUUUAUAGCUCACAGUCUAGGCGGUAUCGUAGUAAAAAAGGCUUUGAUCAUAGCGCACAACGGCUCCGAGGUCUAUAUUCCGAUUCUCAAGUCCACGACCGGCAUUGUCUUCUUGGGUACCCCGCACCGCGGAUCUGACUUGGUGCCUUGGGGCAUCCUGCUCUCAAAUCUCGUCAGAGUAACCAGCAUAGGAAGAAACAUACGAAAAGAGCUCUUACAUACACUCAGUAAAGACUCUAACACGUUAAUGGAGAUCUCAAAACAAUUCCUGCAGCGCGCAACGUCUUUAAGGAUCAUGAGCUUUGUUGAACAGCAGGUAGAAAGUCCACUGACAACAUUGGUUGUUCCAGAGUAUUCGGCCGUCAUGGGUUUGCCUAACGAGACUGUGCUUCCAAUGAACGCUCACCAUCGUGGGCUUACUCGAUUCUUGCGAAAGACUGACCAGAAUUAUAUCCUUGUUGAAGCGGCGAUCAGAGAAGUUGCAUAUGGAAGCAUGGAUAAAUGUCACACUUGUCCAAAGGCAACACGCUACUCGAUCGAGAAAGCUAACCUUGACGUAGGCGAAAAUGAUUUGGAUGAUACCCUCAAGGUGGCCUCGAAAGAUGCAACAAUGACCUUGCCAAAUACCACCGACUUAUCGAUUUCCAGACCAGUGACAAUACUGUCUCCCAGUAGUAUCACUGGCCAUUCAUUCACCUUUAGGUGCGCAAGCCCAGGUAAUAGGCCACCUACACCGGCAGUGUCCUUUUCCAUGCCACCGACAAGUAAUAUGGCUCCAAAGUUCCAAGGCAGCACCUUUGAUAGAAGACCAAGUUCUUCCACAGACAGCCUGAAGAACCAAUCGCUGGAUCUGCCGAACAAGCCAGUAGAGAUUGUUACAUUACGCAUUAGCAGUCUGAGGCGUCAGCUUGAUCUGAAAAGCUAUAAGGAAAGAGAUAUUUCUUAUGUUAUAAAACUCCCAGGGAAUAUAGAAAUCUCGCGUUUAAAUUCCUUGUUGCAAAAAGAAGUCAAUGGGAUCAAGAAAGUCAAGUCUUUCAGGUUUAACAACCAGAAAGGUAAUAUCCGAUUCCUGUGGGAGGAUAUCUUCACGACUCCUGUCGAGGUCACAUGUGGCCGACCGUCUUACAACAAAGCAAGAGGCUUGAAUAUUAACAUAGAUCAAUCAAUAGCCUCAUUCAUGAGCAAAGCCUUUCCCCAUCCAAUCACCGCUAAACUUAAUAAGAAUAGUCAGAACGGGCACUCCACGUUUGACAAGGUUUCAGCUUCGGUUCUUGAAAUCGGACAAGAUGACGCUGCUGACCUGGUUGUUUCAUUCAUGAGAACUGUUAGAGUCCCUGACAGCGAUAAGAAGUACGAUUUACCUCCUGGACUGGGGAGAUUCCCGCUGUUCAACGUUGCGCCUUUUAGUCACAGUUUGCCUCCUUCGAUGGUGGCUAAAGGCGGAUUCUUCUUCCCUAUGUAUCAAAUGGAAGCAAUGUGGAUUCACUUCCAUUCCGAAGGACAGAAAAGGUUUGCUAUUCGACCCUACGUUGGCGGCGUCAAUGGCCUUUCAGGGGAAUCAUCUGAAGGGGGCAUGGCGUCGAUACUUCGUCGAAUGAAUUCUGAGGCCCGAAAGCAGGACUACAUCGUACUCCCAGAGCAAUUAUGGCUUGACGGGAUUGCUAUUGCACCUGGAAUGGUCAGCCAGUUUGUUGCCACGGAAAUGGCUCCUCCACGAUCGCAAGAGAGUAGGAAUCAUCGAAGCAGUAGAGAACUAGAGGCGUUAAGCAGCCCUUCACCCCAUGAUACUCCCAGUGGAGCGUCUAUUGAGUGGCAGAUUACUGGUCGUGAUGAAGUCGGAGGACUGCAGCUUCAAAUAGUUCCUGCAUUUGAGACUGACUCGAUGCACGCUGGUUCGACUAGAAACGUCUGCAUGACGAGCCACGGCGUUAUAUCUGCUGUUACUCCGCCGCUGACCAUAGAACAUGUCUUUGAUGUGCUGUCGACCCCUGCCGAGCUCAACCUAAAAAUAGGUCAAGUGAUCCAUGUGGAAGACCUCAAGGCAUCAGCGCAAUCACGCCCCAAGGUCGUCUCCGAUUUGCUGAACGAAGGCCCAUCAAAGCUCACUUGUCAAGACGUUGUUGAGCUUGACGCAGUUUACGAGAGCUACAACGAGUGGGUGUUUGACAUCAAGCUCCUCGGCAGCCAACACCCUCCUAUCUCGCUUAGGUUUAAUGACAACGAUCCAUUUGACUCUGUGUUGUAUAUCGUCGCGAAGGAACUACAGGCAUCGAAAGGUUCGCUGGCCGUAGACAUUUUCGCCGGGAAUAUUGCUCAGGGAUGGAUUCCAAUCUCAUCUUGGCGAGCUCUCGCCUGGCUUCCAAAGCUUACGGAGAAGGAUUAUGCACAAAUCCGGCAGUGCGAGCUCACUUUUAUAAGCCUUGUUCUUCAUCGUUGA